AUGUCUGUUCCAAAAGACUUACAGUUCCCAGACCUUAAGUUUGUCAAGCUUAGCCCGCCAGCUGUGCACCCUUUGUUCCGUUACAAUGGUUUCCGACCCGAACGAACAGUGCUUGCCAAAGGGCACAUGCGCGCCCCUGGGCGCAAGGCUUUCCCUAUCAAUGUUAUCUAUGACCGUGAUGUAACCAUCACGCUGUCAGACGGCACACGCAUCUACGCUGAUGUAUUCCGUCCUGCCAACGAUUCUAGUCGAGUACCGGCACUGAUUCCAUGGAGCGCAUAUGGCAAGACCGGUACAGGCCCACAGCAGUACGACACCAUGGGUCCUUUCCGUAGCGGCAUCCCGCUGGAACGUACCUCGGGCUACGAGAAGUUCGAGGCCCCUGACCCAGCAGAGUGGUGCGCACGGGGCUAUGCUGUUAUCAAUAUUGACGCUCGCGGCGCUGGCAUGUCGGAGGGUAACAUACGCUGGUGGGGCGAGCAAGACGCCCGGGAUAUCUAUGAUACUAUCGACUGGCUCUCCAAGCAGUCAUGGUGCAAUGGAUCGGUGGGCAUGGUGGGCAACUCGUGGCUUGCCACCUCUCAGCUCAAUUUUGCCGCACGUCUGAAGCAUCCAGCGCUCAAGGCCCUAGCCCCGCUCGAAGGUUUGACCGACGCUUACCGAGACUUGAUUGUCCGCGGUGGUAUGCCACACAACCCCAAGUUUCACAAGCGGAUGAUGACGGGUUUUGCGGGCAUGAACUACAUGGAGGAUAUGCCCAGCAUGUAUAAGCUUCGUCCACUAUUCGACGACUACUGGGCCAGCAAACGGGUUCACCCGGAGAAAAUCGACUUGCCAAUGUAUAUACUUGCUUCAUACUCCACAGGUCUACACUCUCGUGGCUCAUUUGAGACCUUUCGAACAGCCGGAUCGGCGCAAAAGUGGCUGCGUGUGCACCCGUAUCAAGAGUGGUACGACCUAUAUCGAGAGGACGUGAACGAAGACUUGCAGAGAUUCUUUGAUCGUUACUGCAAAUUUCUAGAUAACGGAUGGGAAAGAGACACCCCCCCUGUACGACUGUCCCUCUUGGGAUUCGAAAAAAGCCCUGCGAAAACUGUUGUGGAGCGGCCCGAGCAGGAGUAUCCGCUAGCCCGCCAGCAUUACGAGACAUACCAUUUGGACGUGGCGACCAGAACUCUCACGACAGAGAGGUUGGAUGAAAUCUCGAGAGCAUCUUAUGAAGCUCAUAGUUUGAACGAUACCUUGGAUUUUACCUUGUACUUCGCCAAAGACACCGAGCUUAUCGGGUACAGCAAAGUUAGCAUUUGGAUGUCAUGUGCUGAGAUGGGAGACUUGGAUGUGGUUGUGCAAAUUCGAAAGAUCUCAGCAAAAGGUGAACUGCUCGAGCAUCUCAACUACCCCUGCCCCGUACCCGUGGAACAGGUUCCAAACACCAACAUCGUCAAAUUCCUCGGGCCUCAGGGGCUUCUUCGCGCCUCGCAUAUUGUGAGCAAGGACGAAGAAAACUCUACAGACGUAGAAAUUAUCUACAAGCAUGAUAAGUUGAAAGCUAUUGAGCCAGGCAGCAUGGUGAAAUUGGAAAUCACCCUCUGGCCUAUAGGAAUGGUCUUUGCGAAAGGCGAGGGUAUCAUGCUAAGGGUUGCCGGCCAUGACCUGUCGUACCCCGAGGUGGAAGAUGUAACGAAGGUGGAGCCGGACGAUGAGAAUGUAGGCAGACACAUUGUUUACACCGGUGGCGAAUUCGACUCUACGCUUACCAUUCCAGUGGUUCACCCCAAAGAAUAA